UUUCUGCGUUCUUUUGUGCAGGUGGAGCCGAACAGCAUAGCAGCGAGAGACGGACGCAUUAAGGAAGGAGACCGCAUUCUGCAGAUAAAUGGCUUUGAAGUGCAAGACCGGGAGAAAGCCGUCGCCUUGUUGUCAAGCGAAGAAGCAAAGAGCAUCAGACUCCUGGUGACAAGGCCAGAGAUCCAGCUGGAAGAGGAGGCUGUGUGGCUGGAUGACGAGCAGCAGCGGCUUGUUGAGGAGCUGAAGAUGGAGAUUCUGGAGGAGAAGAGGAAGCAGAGGGAACAGAGCUUUGAGAUGGCAGAUAAGCUUCAAGGCGAUGAGGACGUCACAACAGACACGGCCACCUGUUCUUCCAACAAUCAGGACAGUGGAUUUGGGCGCAGCACAGACAGUACCGAGCACCAGCCCUUGUUGGCAAGACUUUACAGGAGGAGCCCAGCGCAGUGCCUGAGGGAUCGAUGGCAGUCAGAACAUCCACACAACAGGCGAGGGACCGUUGUACCACAACACGCUCAAAGCACAAAAACCCAUUCAACGAGCCAAGGCAACGAAAGCGUAGUGAGUAUUCGUAACAGUGGUUGCGGAGUCCGAGGCUUAGAGAACUGCUUCCAGCAACUUUUAGAACUCAAGUGCCAAAUACGAAACGGGGGCGAAUGUGGGGUGUACUCCAUUAGACACAGCAUAGAAUGUAGUCUCACUGGGCAAGGUGGAGGGGAUGGAGAUAGUGAAGGUGAUGUUGGUGCAGGGGGAGGGGUAGAGCAGGAGUUGAAGAUGCUGAACGAAGAGCUGCGCAGCAUUGAGUUGGAGUGCCAGAGCAUCAUGCAAGCCCAUCAGCUACGCAAGUCCCAGCAGCUUGAGCAAUCACAGUCUGCACCCUGCUCACCAGGAACGAACCAGAAAACUGGACAAAAGCGGCAUGGGAGGCUGGCGGACAUUCAUGAGUACCCCGAGAGGUCCGACAGCGACAGAGUUCGCGAGAAGGACAGCUCCAGUGCCUACAACACAGCGGAGAGUGCCCGGUCAACGCCUCUUGGCAUGGAGAGAUCCCCUGAUCAUUCUCUGCAGAGACAGAUCAGCAUUACCAACCAGAAAAACCUCAGGCUUGCCUCUUCUGCAUCAUCCAAUCCCAUUCCUAUCCCCAAGCCUCAAGGAACACAUAGGCCGUGCAGGCCAGCCGAUCAAGGUCCAGUCAUCUCCAGCAGCCCCGACCAGAGCAAUCCGUCACGGUCUGAGUCGGACCCAGCUCUACCGGCGGACGAUGAAAGAUGCGACAAAAAGGGAAGGAGCAGAGACUCGAGAAGAGCUCUUCCUUAUGGCGCUUCAUAUCAGACGGGCACCUACCACGGCCAGGGAGGAUCCAAGCAACUUCAGAGCUAUAUGCAGCUGCUCCAGCAGCACUCGUCCCUGGAGUACUCACAGAGCCAGCUGAGUCUCCUCAGCGUGUGUCGAGAUCCCAUGCACCGCAACGGUCGUGCGGGGGAGCCUCGCCUGGAGUGGAAAGUCAAAGUCCGCGCAGAUGGGACACGCUAUGUCGCCAGGAGACCCGCUCGCGACCGCAUACUUAGGGAGCGGGCGCUCAGAAUCAGAGAAGAGAGGAGCGGAGGCAUGACCACAGAUGACGACGCGAUGAGUGAGAUGAAGAUGGGCCGCUACUGGAGCAAAGAGGAGAGGAAGCAGCAUUUGGCAAGAGCCAGAGAGCAAAGGAAGAGGAGGGAGUUCAUGCAGAAAAGCCGUCUCGAUUGCCUAAAGGAAGGACCGGCGAGCGGGGCCGAGGGCAAAAAGGAGAUCAACAUCUUGGAGCUCAGUCACAAAAAGAUGAUGAAGAAGCGGAACAAAAAGAUUCUGGACAACUGGAUGACCAUCCAAGAGCUGAUGAGCCAUGGAGCGAGGGUCCCAGAGGGGUCUACUGUUCAUAAUGCCUUUCUUUCUGUCACCACUGUUUAAGGGACGUUGUUUAAAUACUUGAUGCAGGCAUAUUUUUUAAAAUCAGGUGCAUCGUUGCUUUGCUUUAGAAGUCAUCACUCCUUGAAACCACUGUAAAGGGGGAAAUGUCGUGGGUGAGAAACUCUGUAGCAUUCCCUGAGCAACUUUCUUGCUAACCGUUGACGAAUGUUCAGCAAUCAGUACCACACGUCAGUCAUUUAAAACACGACGCAAGACGCUUUUAAGCCGGACCAACGUUUUUUGGGGGUUUUUUUGGUGAUAUGGUGGUGCCUCGUAGCAUGUCGGUUCAAUCAGUUUAUAAAGCGUGAACGAACCGACGACGUUUUGUAUGCUCUGUUUUGUGUCUUAAUAUCUGUAAUUUUUAUGUUUCAUAAUAUAUGAAGCAAUUUUACUUGCCUCAUUCGAGCUGGCCUUUUAUAUGGGGAAGAUUGCAGUAUUUUUUACACUUUGUAAUCUCAAAUUUUGUAAGAUUUUUUUUUUAUGCAGAAUGUCAAUUGUAUCGUAAACGAUUAUCAUAAUUUCCUAUUUAUAUUUGUAUCACCAAAACCCGCCACUGUCGAGGUGAGACUAUUUGAUUGUACUAUAGCUAAUGCUGUACGCCAGACCAGCAAAACAGGAAAUAAGAAAUCUCAAAAGGAAAAACCCUUCUGGAGACAACUCCUUUACAUCGCAACUGCAUCGACUGUCAGAGUUGUCAGUUUACAUCACUAAAAAUGUCAACAUGCUAUGUCAAAGGGACACUUUAGACAUAAGUUAGAAGGGUUCUUUGAAACAAUUUUACCUCAGCUUACAGUUAAAACUGAAUUAUCAAGAAUUCAAUGCUUUGCUAAUGAAAUCAUCGCCUGAUACUUUAAAAUAUGAACCUGUGAGUUAUGUUGAAAUCGUCUGAGUUUAAUUUAUAUUGUUUACUUUCUAAUUGUAUUUAUUGUAAAUUAAGUUAAUCGUCUCCUCAGAUUCUCUUAAUGUGGGGUAUCCUGGGGAAAGCAACACUUUUCAAUGCGCUGGGAAGACUUUGUAUCAUAUUUUCAGCCUUUCAGCACUGCUGUUUUUACUGCAAAUUGAGUAAUUGUUGAUAAUGUUUGUAAAACUGAAUAAAGAAAGCAACAAAAAA